CUAUGUCGGUAGAGGUGAAAUUAGGAGAUGAAAUGAAAAACAGUCGAAUCACACAUUCACUUUUUAUCACAAAACACAUAUCCUUGUCGAAUCACACAUUCACUUUUUAUCACAAUUUGUUGUGAAACAGAUAUCCUUGUUGAAGCACUAAUCAAAGAGAGACCCCAAUUCGAAACAUACUCUCUGAUUUUUGUGAACAACUUUCAACUCCAACCCAAACCAGCUCAUUAGGGUUUGAAUCCCCAAUUCAACUCGUUCAUAAAUUUCGAGAGUGAGAAAAAUGAGAGGUGGAAAUUACAAUGAUGAUGGAUCUAGUGACAGAGGACUUUUAUCUCGUCUUGCUGGCUAUGCUGUUGGACAAUACCUUCCGUCUUAUGGGGCAUAUUCUCCUCAAGGAUAUCCGCCUCGAGGAUAUCCCCCUCAGGUCUACCCGUCAGCUGGAUAUCCUCCUACUGGUGGAUACCCACCAGCUGGAUAUCCUUUCCAAGGUGGGUACCCACCGGCAGGUUAUCCUGGUCCGUCAGUAUAUCCUGCCCCAGGUGGAUAUCCACCAGCAAUUUAUCCUGGUCCAUCAGCUCCGCCUUAUCCAGGUUCUGGGCCUAGUUUGGGAGCAUUGAUAGCUGGUGGCGCUGCUGCUGCGGCUGCAGCUUAUGGGGCCCACCAGCUAUCACAGGGUGCCCAUAAUCUUACCCAUGGAGGUUUCUAUGGUCGUCAAGGAAAGUUUAAGCGUGGGAAGCAUGGAAGGUUCGGAAAGCGUGGGGGAAAGUUCAGAAAAUGGAAGUGAUUAUCACUCACUGUUUAGUAGUGCUGUUUAGGCUUGCAGUGACUGACUAUUGUCUUUUUUAUUUUUAAAUUUUAUGAUUCUGGAUACAAUUUGGGAGUAAUGACACUGGCAUAUGUGUAUAAUUACAAAUUUCUUUUAUGUUAUAUUUCUACAUAUAUGAAUGAAUUAGUCUCUUGUGGAAGAUGCUGAUAUAAUUCUUAAAUAAGUAUUUGCUCUGUAAUUGUUGCUUGAAA